AUUCCAAACUCCACUUUCUACUUUCUUUGACCACUGGUCCAACACACUUAUACAUACUCCUACUCCCCAUACUCUCUUUAUUAACUAUCUUUCUCUCCGCUUUUCCUCUCCGGCAAACGAAGCUUCAGCGUUCAGACUUCAGAGUCUUGCGCCGAUUAAACCAAAACGACAUUGACACUUCUUUGAGACAUAAAAGAGAGAAAAGGGUCUAUCAGAUCUUUUUUUCUCUUUGAUGCCCAUAAAAGCUAGACCUCAUUGACUCCUCAAGCUCAGUUCAGUUCAGUUCAGCUCAGCUCAGAUCUCUUCCUCAAUGGAAAUAGACCAUUAGUCAGUUCAGAAUCAUUUUUUUUCCCUCUCGCCCUCUCUUUCCGUUUCAAAAACUUGGUUUCGGGCUGCAAUGGCCGAGGCUACAGAGGGAAAAACACUGCCCGAGGCUGAGAAGAAGAAGGAGCAGAGCCUGCCCUUUUACCAACUCUUCGCUUUUGCAGACAAGUAUGACUGGUUACUCAUGGUCUCUGGGAGCUUGGGAGCCAUUAUCCAUGGCUCUUCCAUGCCGGUUUUCUUUCUUCUUUUCGGUGAAAUGGUUAAUGGGUUCGGCAAAAACCAAUCCGAUUUGAAGAAAAUGACAGAAGAAGUUUCAAAGUAUGCUCUCUAUUUUGUAUACCUUGGUCUCGUUGUUUGCUUAUCAUCCUAUGCAGAGAUUGCAUGCUGGAUGUACACUGGGGAGAGGCAAGUGAGCACUCUGAGAAAGAAGUAUUUGGAGGCAGUGCUAAAACAAGACGUUGGAUUCUUUGACACGGAUGCUAGGACAGGGGAUAUAGUUUUCAGCGUCUCCACAGACACCCUCCUAGUCCAAGAUGCCAUUAGCGAGAAGGUGGGGAACUUCAUACACUAUCUGUCAACGUUUCUGGCGGGACUGGUGGUUGGUUUUGUGUCAGCAUGGAGGCUAGCAUUGCUGAGUGUGGCGGUGAUACCGGGAAUUGCUUUUGCCGGGGGCUUAUACGCGUAUACGCUCACAGGCCUUACAUCCAAGAGUCGUGAGUCCUACGCGAAUGCUGGUAUUAUUGCCGAGCAGACCAUUGCACAAGUUCGGACGGUUUACUCAUAUGUUGGUGAGACCGAAGCCCUGAAUUCGUACUCAGAUGCAAUACAGAACACAUUGAAGCUUGGGUACAAAGCUGGAAUGGCCAAAGGUCUGGGGCUAGGAUGUACCUAUGGAAUAGCAUGCAUGUCAUGGGCACUUGUUUUCUGGUAUGCUGGUGUAUUUAUCAGGAAUGGACAGACUGAUGGAGGGAAGGCAUUCACGGCAAUUUUCUCUGCAAUUGUUGGGGGCAUGAGUUUGGGUCAGUCAUUUUCAAAUCUAGGGGCAUUCAGCAAAGGCAAAUCCGCUGGAUACAAGUUGAUGGAGAUCAUCAAGCAGAAGCCCUCCAUAAUCCAAGACCCCUUAGAUGGAAAGUGCUUGCCUGAGGUUAAUGGCAAUAUAGAAUUCAAGGAUGUUACUUUCAGCUACCCGUCGAGACCGGAUGUUAUUAUCUUUCGAAAUUUCUCAAUAUUCUUCCCCGCUGGAAAGACUGUUGCUGUUGUCGGCGGUAGUGGGUCGGGGAAAAGCACUGUUGUGUCUCUGAUAGAAAGGUUCUAUGAUCCUAAUCAAGGCCAAGUUUUGUUGGACAAUGUGAACAUAAAGACACUGCAAUUGAAAUGGUUGCGUGACCAGAUUGGGCUGGUGAACCAAGAACCUGCACUCUUUGCUACCACCAUACUUGAGAACAUACUCUAUGGGAAGCCUGAUGCAACGGUGGCUGAAGUGGAAGCUGCUGCUUCUGCUGCAAAUGCUCAUAGCUUCAUUACCUUGCUUCCUCAUGGGUAUAAUACUCAGGUGGGAGAGCGAGGAGUGCAACUCUCUGGUGGCCAAAAACAGAGGAUUGCAAUUGCUAGAGCUAUGCUGAAAAACCCAAAGAUCCUUCUCCUUGAUGAAGCAACUAGUGCUCUUGAUGCAGGUUCAGAGAGCAUUGUUCAAGAAGCUUUAGACCGUCUCAUGGUUGGUAGAACUACUGUAGUUGUUGCCCAUCGCCUCUCUACCAUUAGAAAUGUCGAUUCAAUUGCAGUUAUACAGCAAGGGCAAGUUGUUGAGACAGGGACCCAUGAAGAACUGAUUGCUAAAGUGGGGGCUUAUGCUUCAUUAAUCCGAUUCCAAGAAAUGGUUAGAAACAGAGGCUUCUCAAACCCAUCAACCCGCCGGUCACGCUCAUCACGACUAAGCCAUUCACUGUCAACAAAGUCUUUAAGCCUGCGGUCUGGCAGCUUAAGAAACCUGAGCUAUUCAUAUAGCACUGGGGCUGAUGGCCGCAUUGAAAUGAUCUCAAAUGCUGAAACUGACCGGAGAAAUCCAGCCCCUGAUGGCUACUUCUUCCGGCUUCUCAAGCUGAAUGCUCCUGAGUGGCCUUAUUCCAUUAUGGGUGCUGUAGGAUCUGUGCUUUCUGGUUUUAUUGGUCCAACAUUUGCUAUCGUGAUGAGCAAUAUGAUUGAGGUCUUUUACUACAAAAAUCCUGCUUCAAUGGAAAGGAAGACAAAAGAAUAUGUUUUCAUUUACAUUGGAGCUGGUCUCUACGCAGUAGCGGCAUAUUUGAUACAGCAUUACUUUUUUAGUAUCAUGGGGGAGAACCUCACUACAAGAGUUAGGAGGAUGAUGCUUGCAGCAAUCCUAAGGAAUGAAGUGGGGUGGUUUGAUGAGGAGGAGCACAAUUCAAGCCUUCUUGCAGCACGCCUGGCCACAGAUGCUGCUGAUGUGAAAUCCGCAAUUGCUGAGAGGAUUUCUGUCAUACUCCAGAACAUGACUUCACUCCUCACUUCAUUCAUAGUUGCUUUCAUAGUGGAAUGGAGGGUCUCCCUUCUCAUCCUGGCAACCUUCCCUCUUCUAGUCCUGGCAAACUUUGCUCAGCAACUGUCUCUCAAAGGGUUUGCUGGGGACACAGCAAAGGCCCAUGCCAAGACCAGCAUGAUUGCAGGGGAGGGGGUGAGCAAUAUCCGAACUGUUGCAGCCUUCAAUGCUCAAAACAAGAUCAUCUCCCUGUUCUCCCACGAGCUCCGGGUCCCUCAGCAGAGAAGCCUAGGCCGCAGCCAAAGUGCCGGCCUCCUCUUUGGUCUCUCUCAGCUUGCUCUUUAUGCAUCCGAAGCCCUCAUUCUGUGGUAUGGUGCCCACCUUGUCAGCAAAGGCGUCUCCACCUUCUCAAAGGUUAUUAAGGUUUUUGUAGUCCUGGUUGUUACAGCCAAUUCAGUUGCAGAAACCGUUAGUCUUGCUCCUGAGAUCAUUAGGGGUGGUGAAGCUGUUGGUUCAGUCUUUUCAGUUCUUGACCGACAAACCAGGAUAGACCCGGACGAUCCUGAGGCAGAGCCGGUUGAAUCGGUUCGUGGGGAGAUUGAACUUAGACAUGUUGAUUUUGCAUACCCUUCAAGGCCUGAUAUCAUGGUGUUCAAAGACCUCAGCCUUAGAAUCCGCGCCGGCCAGAGCCAAGCCCUUGUUGGGGCCAGUGGGUCUGGCAAGAGUUCUGUGAUUGCAUUAAUUGAGCGUUUCUAUGAUCCAGUGGCUGGGAAAGUUAUGAUUGAUGGGAAGGACAUCAGGCGGUUGAACUUGAAGUCUCUUAGGCUCAAAAUUGGAUUGGUACAACAAGAACCAAUCCUCUUUGCAGCUAGCAUUUUUGAAAACAUUGCUUAUGGAAAAGAAGGGGUAACAGAGGCAGAGGUGAUUGAAGCUGCCCGUGCCGCCAAUGUUCAUGGUUUUGUUAGUGGCUUGCCUGAUGGUUACAAAACCCCAGUUGGUGAGAGAGGAGUUCAGCUCUCUGGUGGACAGAAACAAAGAAUUGCAAUUGCCAGGGCAGUCCUCAAGGACCCCACAAUUCUUCUACUAGAUGAAGCCACCAGCGCACUUGAUGCCGAAUCAGAGUGUGUCCUUCAAGAAGCACUUGAGAGGCUAAUGAGGGGUCGCACCACUGUGCUUGUGGCUCACCGUUUGUCAACAAUCAGAGGGGUGGACAGCAUUGGAGUAGUGCAAGAUGGGCGCAUAGUAGAACAUGGCAGCCACGCCGAACUGCUAAGCCGAGCCGAUGGGGCAUAUUCUAGACUCUUGCAGCUGCAGCACCAUCACAUAUGAGAGAGUUUUGAUUGAAGGAACAUGGCAUUGUUGGUUGGUAAUUAUGUUUGGGGUCCCAUUAUGCUUUCGUUUUAGUUGUAGAUAUGGGGAUGUGGGGGG